AUGAGCCUUGGGGCGUCGCAACCUCAACAGCCUCAACAACACGAUAGACCAGGAAGAGAACGCAUCCCCAAAGCAUCGACAAAUGGAGUACGAUCACAGUCUGCUGAACCCAGCCGCAUGCCAUCGAUCUUUAGAUCUAUGGCCAGAAAUGCAUCAAAUGUCGCGAGGUGGUAUAACGACAAAGCCAAUGCCAAAUACAACCAUCAAGGGCAGAUUGAUCCCCCAAUAAAUGGGGUCAGAGGUCCGAACAAGCUGAAUAGAGGUGGCCGCCCAACGCGGAGCAACUCGUUCGCGCAUCCACCAUCCAAAGGUCGACACUGGCAGGGUGAACCCAUCUCAGGACCCGUCGAGAGGAUUCCCCCGAAAACAGCUAGGAAGACCGACCAGACCGACGAGGACAUUGAUGACGAGACUACCGCAAGAAUUCUCGCAUCUCCGAACCACAGCGAUCCUGUCAUCAGCCAGAUCAACGCGACGAUGGAAGAUGACGAUGUCCGAGUAUCUCCCCCAAAGUUGGGGCCUGUUGAGUCUGGCACAUUCGACGUCCAGAUCAAUGAUGGGGACACAGACAAGAAACUGAGCGAGCUCCAACAACAGCUCGAUGACAAGGAUGAGCUGAUACAAGACUUAAAGAACAAGCUCCAGAAAAAGGAAGAGAGCUUGGAGUUCAUGCGAAAGAAGGCGGCAGACGCAGCGGCCAAAGCGGCAAAUAUGCCACCUGCUCUAGUGCUUCUACGAUCAGAUGAAGAGCUAAUCAACGGCUGGAACGACCUAGCUCACGAGAUCAGCAACUUUGUCAGGGGCUACCUCAAGAACGUAGAUCGGAAGAAUAGAGAAAAGUGGGUGACGACGAACAAGAAGAAACUCAAGGAGAUCUCCCCCAGCUACAAGAAGAUUGCAGCCGACUCGAAGCAUCUGCACUGGUUGAUAGAAGCCCUGAUAUGGAGGUUGCUAUGCCAGCAGAUCUUUGGAAGCUCUACCAACGAAGCGCCCGUCGCCUGGGGAGGCCGACACGGGGAUAUUCUCGCCCAGUUAGGCAACGCUCUUAUGGAGAGGCUUGAACCGGAGGAUGAACGAUUUCAACGUCUCUACCACCACUGGAAGGCUCUGAGCACGAAUCUCUUCGACAUGGCGGGCUUGCAAGAAAUGGCAGAGGCAAGAGUGAACAAGAUCAUGGAAGUACUGGGUGGUGGAUUGGGAGAUCUUCUCUCGCCGUCGGCCGCCAAAGACACGCUCUAUCUCAAGUGUCUACUGAGCAUCGUCCGUAACGCCACGUCUCUUGACCGGUUGUUCUCGGGUCAGAUGAAGUGGUAUCUAGCGUACUACCCGCCUGAGAGGCAUGCUAACGAGCCAAGGCCAAGUCGGAUCAGGUUUGCGACGAGUAAUGGGUCUGCUGCGAGUGACAGGUUCACUAUGCGGCCGGCUCUUUGUCGCGCUGGAGGCGGUGACGGGGAGAUAUACAAUGGCUUCAGGCAGAUUGUGGCUCAUGUGGUGAAGCCAUAG